AUGCAUGGAUCACCAUCUCAUCGAGUACAGGGACAGAACCCUGAACUACUGCAUGCACUGCGUACGUCUAACUCUGAAAAACUACUCCGUAAGAGACGACCCUUGUACACAAAAUCUCGCAAGACAAAAUACAACUUGGCAUGGCAACCAUGGUGGACCGGGAUGCAGGAUGCCGAUUACUUCAUGAAUUAUAAUGAUCUCCUUGAUUGGUAUUUUAUGAUUCCCGAUUUAGGACGAGCUACAACUUCAAAAGCAACUAUAUCACCGAACCACCACCGACCAGAACCAACUACAUCACCGAACCACCGACCAGAACCAACUAUGUUACUGAACCACCGAUCAGAACCAACUGUAUCACUGAACCACCACCGACCAGAACCAACUAUAUCACCGAAGCACCACCGACCAAUAAAAACUAUGUUACCGAACCACCAUCGACCAAAACCAACUAUAUCACCGAACCACCACCAACCAGAACCAACUACAACACCGAACCACCGACCAAAACCAACUAUAUCACCGAACCACCACCGACCAGAACCAACUACAACACCGAACCACCGACCAAAACCAACUAUAUCACCGAACUACCACCGACCAGAACCAACUACAACACCGAACCACCGACCAGAACCAACUACAACACCGAACCACCGACCAAAACCAACUAUAUCACCGAACUACCACCGACCAGAACCAACUACAACACCGAACCACCGACCAGAACCAACUAUAUCACUGAACCACCGAUCAGAACCAACUAUAUCAACGAACGACCGACCAGAACCAACUUUAUCACCGAACCACCGACCAAAACCAACUAUAUCACCGAACCACCGACCAGAACCAACUAUAUCACUGAACCACCGAUCAGAACCAACUAUAUCACCGAACUACCAACCAGAACCAACUAUAUCACUGAACCACCGAUCAGAACCAACUAUAUCACCGAACCACCGACCAGAACCAACUAUAUCAACGAACGACCGACCAGAACCAACUUUAUCACCGAACCACCGACCAAAACCAACUAUAUCACCGAAGCACCACCGACCAAUAAAAACUAUGUUACCGAACCACCAUCGACCAAAACCAACUAUAUCACCGAAUCACCGACCAAAACCAACUGUAUCACCGAACCACCGACCAGAACCAACUAUAUCACUGAACCACCGAUCAGAACCAACUAUAUCACCGAACUACCAACCAGAACCAACUAUAUCACUGAACCACCGAUCAGAACCAACUAUAUCACCGAACCACCGACCAGAACCAACUAUAUCAACGAACGACCGACCAGAACCAACUUUAUCACCGAACCACCGACCAAAACCAACUAUAUCACUGAACCACCGAUCAGAACCAACUAUAUCACUGAACCACCGAUCAGAACCAACUAUAUCACCGAACUACCGACCAGAACCAACUAUAUCAACGAACCCACCACCAGAAUCAACUCUUUCAUCAACGAACCCACCACCAAAGUCCACUCAAUUAACAAAACGCCGGCCAAAAUCCACUACAUCAAUGAAACGCCGACCAAAGUCAACGAAACGCCAUCCAAAAUCAACGAAACGACGUCAAAAGGCAACGAAACGACGUCAAAAGGCAACGAAACGACGUCAAAAGGCAACGAAACAACGUCAAAAGGCAACAAAACGACGUCAAAAGGCAACGAAGCGACGUCAAAAGGCAACGAAACGACGUCAAAAGGCAACGAAACGUCGUCAAAAGGCAACGAAACGACGGCAAAAGGCAACAAAGCGACGUCAAAAGGCAACAAAACGACGUCGAAAAUCAACGACACACCGACCAAAACCAAAGAAACACCGACAUAAAUCAAAGGAACGACGACCAAAAUCAACGAAACACCGACCAGAACCAAAGAAAUCAUCAACAUCUACAUCAGAGUCAGAACUAUCAGAGCAAGAAUAUGAUUACGGGGACAAUUUUGACCCAGAGCAUCCGGACUUAUCAGACUUAAACCAGUCAGAUCUACAACAUUAUCACGAGGUAUUUAAUGCCCCAAUAGAGAUAGAUAGGUAG